AUGAAACUGGGCCGUGGGAAGAAGGUGCAGCAGGAGACGGAGGAAGGGGAAGGCGAGAGCAAUGCUGCAACAGGCAAGAAGAACGUAAAGGGCACCUCCAAACUGGUGAUGGGGCUGACAACCGACAAGAAGAAGAAAGGGGCCAAGGGUGCAGAGGCCAAGGGACAGCCCAAAGAAUCUGUGGAAGCCAGCGCAGCUGUGGAGGAGGAGGCAGCAGCACCUCCGAAGGCCCGGGCAAAGCGAAGCCUCCGCAGCACCUCGAAGCUUUUCCUGGGCUUCAAGAACCUGGGGUUGCGUCGGCCCAAGAAGGGGCAGUUCAAGAACACAUCCCGCUUCUUCUGGGGGCUGCAUAAGCACAGCACCAAGAAGAGGAAGAAGAAGAAGAACAAGGCAGUGCUCAAGUCCACCUCCAACCUGAUGAUGCGCUUCAAGCAGGUGGGCAAGAAGAGGAAGGAGGAGGCCAAGAAGGAGGCAGCAUCCAAGCCAUCCUUCCUGCUGCUGCGGCGGGGCGGGCAAGACAUCGAGAACGGCGCGUCGCUCUUCCGCCGGCGCCCGGAAAGGAAAUUCAAGCCCCGGGCGCAGGUGCUGAGCAAGGCGGCCUCUGCCACGGGCUGGCUGGCCAGGAAGGUGCUUUCCCGGCGCGGGCGGCUGGUGGGGGGCAGCCGAGCGACUGACACGGCCUGGCUGUCCCGUAUCGGUGCCAAGAAGCUGCCGUUCCCCGCGGAAGAUGAGAUCCUCAGGCACCGGGCCAACAUGAAGCGGAUCCCUGGCGGUGUGGGGCUGUCGGCGCCCGGCACUCCGCGGCAGGGCAGCAUGGUGAGGCGGCCGUCCCGCCGGCGCUCCCAGCGAGCGGCCCAGGAGCCGCCGGCGCCGCGCUACGGCUGGGCCGAGGAGGAGAACGGAGCCCACGGCCCCCGGAGAGGCUAUGGCAAGGAGGAUGGAGGCUACGGCUCCCGCCGUGGCUAUGCCAGGAAGGAGGAUGGAGCCUAUGGGCCCUGGCGCAGUCACCCCAAGGAGGAAGAUGGAGAGUACGGCCCUCACCACGGCUACGCCGAGGAGGAUGGAGGGUACGGCCCGUGGCACGGCUACAGCGGGGAAGAGGAUGGAGCCUAUGGCCCCCGGCACAACUACUCCGAGGAGGAGGAAGGCUACAUGCAGAGCCCAGCCUACCCAGCAGGGUACGGCUUUGAGGAUGCGGUGCCGACCCCCUACUCUGACUACCCCGGUUAUGAGACAGAGGAGGAGUAUGACUCCUACGGGGGAUUUUGGGAGGACGGUGACCAGCCAGGGCACCCCUACGGCUACUCAGAGCUCGAGGAUGAGGGAGUGUAUGGUGGUGGGUCUCCCCUCAGCCUCUAUGACCCAUACAGCAGCGACCCGGAGUACGGUGAGGAGGCAGAGGGGCCCUUCGGCUACAGGGGGGACCCCUACGAGGAUUUUGGGGAGUCCUUUGCCAGGGGGUACCCUGGGGGCGAGUACCCCGAGCAUCGCAUCCAGUACAGCGAGGGUGGGUGGGCGCCGCAUGCCCAAUCCUCCUGCAACCCCUACGCCCUGGGCCUGGAGGAGAUCGCUGAGGGCGAGGAGCCCGAGGAGUGGGAAGAAGAGGAGGAAGAAGAGAAGGAGUAUCCCUUUUCCAUCCUGAGCGCCUCCUCGCUCCGGGGCAUGCGGGAGACGCUCUCCUCCAAGCUCUCCCUCAACAGGAAAUUCAGGCUCUUCCCCCGACCCCAGGUCAAGCUUUUCGGCAGGGACCGCCUGGACGUCCCCCUCCCGCCGUCCCCGCACCUGCCCGCUGCCCGAGACGAGGACGACUACGACGAGUACGAGCCGCCGCCGCCUCCGGCAGCCCCCGGCCCCGCGGCAUCCCCGGCACGCCGGGUUUCGGCAGCGCGGGCGUGCGGGAGCCCUCUGGGCCAGUUCCUCCAGCGAUCCCUCUCCAUUCCUCCCAGCCGCCCGCUGCGAGGUGCCGAGGGAUUUCGGGGGUCCCGCACCCCCCAGCCCUCCAACAGGCGCUCCAGCCGCAGGCUGGCGGGGAUGGAGAACACCGGUUUGGGGAGCCGGGACCCUUCCCCACCGGCGGGGCCCUGGGGGCAGCCCCCGAGCCGGGAGCCGGGGGCUGCGCGCCGGCCGUCGCUCCGUAACCCCUUCGCCAACCCCGGGCGCUCCCCGUCACCGCCGCCCGUCCGUCCGCGGCCCGGCAGCACGCGGGGCGAGGGGCCACGGCGAUCCCCGUCCCUCGGUGCCAGCCUCCGGCGCUUCGGCCCCGAGCCCCCCGCCCCGCCACCGGCCGCCCCCCGCUCACCGGGGCCGGGGGGGAGACGCCUGGGGGGGCCCGCGGCCUGGCCCCGGCUUCCCGAGCCCCCCACCAAGGCGGUGAAGCCGCUGCAGAGGACCCCCUUCCUGGCAUCAUCGUCCCGCCCCGGCAGCCGCCGCCUCGGCCCCCCCGGCCCCUCCUGGGAUGAGGAGCUGCCCCCCUGGCAGGGUGCCCCGAGGGGUCCCGCCGGGGUCCCCCCUCCGCCCAGCCCCGCUCCCAGCACCCCCAAAAGUUUCAUCCAGCGCAUCGGGCAGCCCCUUGCCGGGAUGGCCCCCCACUCCCCACCUCCGAGGCCGUCUGCUGAAGUGGGGGGCCGCAGCCUUUCCAAGGGGCGCUCCGUGGCGCAGUCCCUGGCUUCGCUUCUCGUAAAAAGCAUAGCCUCUACCAAAGCCCCCUCAUCCUCACCACCCACCCGCCAUCCCUCCACUCGCUCGCCCUCCUUGCCCCGGCGCCCAUCCCGGCUGGACGGGAGCACCCGCAGAUCUCCGAGCCCACCCUCGGGGCGCCGGGGCUGGGCCGACGCCGGGCGCCCCAUGCUCCCCUCCAACCCACGCGGCAACCGGAGCCCCUCACCGCCCCGUCGUGCCGCUUUCCCACCACCCCACGGGCGAGCCCCCGGCUCUCCGGCCAUCCCCCGCCACGGCGCUCGCCCGCCGGGGCCGGCGGAGCCCAUCGAGGGUGACGGGGAGGCCGGGGAGGAGGGCGCGGGGCGCUACGCGGUGGUGACGCCGCAGGUGCAGAGGUUGGGCUCCUUCCGGCGCGCAUCCCGCAUGUACAAGCAGCACUGGUCCAAGCAGCACGUCGUGCGGGUGCGGGAGAUGCCCGACGCCUGGACAGCCGAGCAGGGUCUCCCCCAGCAGCCCACCCAGCGCGGCCGGCGGUGGGCGGGCCAGUGGGGAGCCGACAUCGCCCGAUAUCUGUGCCAGCGCUCGCCGGCGGGCGGCUGGCGGGACAGGCACCCCUGGGCAGACGGGUACCUGGGCAGCAAGCAGCCCUGGCGCAGCAAGAUGCAGUCACUGUGCAGUCUGCCCAUCAUGCGGUACCAGGAGCCACAGGAGGAGGAUGGGCUGGAGGACAUGACCCAGCUGGAGGACCUCCAGGAGGCUGCAGUGCUGAGCAACAUCCGGACGCGGUUUGAGCGCCAGCUCAUCUAUACCUACAUCGGCAGCAUCCUGGUGUCGGUGAACCCGUACCGGCUCUACAACAUCUACGGGAAGGAGCAGGUGCAGCAGUACGAAGGCAGAGCCCUGGGGGAAAACCCGCCGCACCUCUUUGCCAUCGCGAACGUCGCCUACUCCAAAGUGAUGGAUGCCAAACACAACCAGUGUAUCGUCAUCAGUGGGGAGAGCGGCUCAGGGAAGACCGAAGCCACCAAGCUGAUCCUGAGCUACCUGGCAGCUGUCAGCCAGAAACGCAGCACUGCCCCACAGAUAGAGAUCCUGGAGGCGACCCCUUUGCUGGAAUCCUUCGGCAACGCCAAAACCGUGAGGAAUGACAAUUCCAGCAGGUUUGGGAAAUUUGUGGAAAUCUUUCUGGAGGACGGUUUGAUCUGCGGUGCCAUAACCUCGCAGUACCUGCUGGAGAAGUCCCGCGUGGUCUUCCAGGCUAAGAGUGAACGCAAUUACCACAUCUUCUAUGAGAUGCUGGCAGGGCUGCCGUCUCAGCAGCGGCAGCGGUACUGCCUGCAGGGCGCUGAGACCUACUACUACCUGAACCAGGGUGGGAACUGUGAGAUUCCUGGCAAGGAUGAUGCUGAGGAUUUCCGCCGGCUGCUCAACACCAUGGAGGUGCUGAACUUCAGCGUGGAGGAGCAGAACAGCAUCUUCCGCAUCCUCUCCUCCGUCCUCCACCUGGGCAACGUCUACUUUGAGAAAUACGAGACCGACUGCCAGGAGGUCGCCACGGUGGUGAGUGCCACGGAGAUCCGGACGGUGGCUGAGCUGCUGCAGGUGUCCCCUGAGGGCCUGCAGAAAGCCAUCACCUUCAAGGUGACGGAAACGCAGCGGGAGAAGAUUUUUACACCUCUGACUGUUGAAAGUGCUGUGGAUGCCAGGGAUGCCAUUGCCAAGACCCUCUACUCCCUGCUCUUCGGCUGGCUCACAGACCGCAUCAACAAGCUGGUGUACCCACGGCAGGAGGCCCUCUCCAUCGCCAUCCUGGACAUCUACGGCUUUGAGGACCUCAACUUCAACAGCUUUGAGCAGCUGUGCAUCAACUAUGCCAACGAGUAUCUGCAGUUCUUCUUCAACAGGAUUGUGUUCCAGGAGGAGCAGGAGGAGUAUCUCCGGGAGCAGAUCGAGUGGAAGGAGAUCCCCUUCAGCGACAACCAGCCCUGCAUUGACCUCAUCUCCCAAAAACCCUACGGCAUCCUCCGGAUCCUGGAUGACCAGAGCUGCUUCCCCCAGGCCACUGACCACACGUUCCUCCAGAAGUGUCACUACCACCACGGGACAAACCCGCUGUACACCAAGCCGAAAAUGCCACUGCCCGAGUUCACCAUCAAGCACUAUGCAGGGAAGGUGACCUACCAGGUUCACAAGUUUUUGGAUAAAAACUACGACCAGGUCCGUCAGGAUGUGCUGGACCUGUUCAUCAGCAGCAGGACCAAGGUGGUGGCCAACCUCUUCUUCGGCCAUGCCCAGGUGUUGGCCCGGCAGAGGAGCCUCAUCAGGAGGAGCAGCACCAGGACAAGGCGGUACAAGGCUCCAACCGUGGCUGCACGGUUCCAGCAGUCCCUCCUGGAGCUGGUGGAGAGGAUGGAGAGGUGCAACCCCUUCUUUGUGCGCUGCAUCAAACCCAACAACAAGAAGGAACCAGGGCUGUUUGAGGCCGACGUGGUCAGGGCCCAGCUGCGGUACUCGGGGAUCCUGGAGACCAUCCGCAUCCGCAAGGAAGGCUUCCCUAUCCGCAUCCCCUUCCUCGUCUUCAUCGACAGGUAUCGCUGCCUCGUUGAUAUGUGGUCCAAUGUCAUUCCCAAUGGAGCCAACUGUGUGGAGAUGCUGAGGAGCCUCUGCCCCGUUAACCCCAGCAUGUACUACGUCGGUGUCACCAAGCUCUUCCUGAAGGAGCAGCUGUACCAGGCACUGGAGAGCAAGCGAGCCCGUGCCCAUCACCUGGCCGCGCUCACGCUCCAGCGCUACGCUCGCACCUUCUUCAUCAAGCGCCGCUUCCGCUCCCUCCGCCGCAAGAUCGUCCUCCUGCAGAGCCGGGCAAGGGGAUACCUGGCCAGGCAGCGGUACCGGCGCAUGCGGCGCACGCUCAUCAAGUUCAGGUCACUGGUGCACAUCUACGUGAACCGCCGGAGGUACCUCAAGGUGAGGUGGGCGUGCACAUCCCUGUGCUGCUGGCAGGAGCUGACGCGGAGGGAGGUGGUGGAUGUCACCCACCUGGAGAUCCCGGCCGAGCUGAUGGGGCUGCUGGAGGCCGCUGCAGCCGCUCGGGAGGUGAAUGCCGGCUGCGUGGUGCUGGUGCCGCCGCCGGCGCUGCAGCCCGACCCCCAGCUCACCCUCCCGCUCGACAUCAAUGACUACCCCAUGGCCAAGUACGUGCGGGGCCACUUCCAGGAACCGGCAUUUGGGAUGCUGACGGCCCCACUGAAAGCCCCCCUCACCCGGCUGGAUGAGGAGCUGUGCCACGAGGCUCUCAGCCUCUUCCAGCUGAUCCUGCGGUUCAUGGGGGACCCGGGGCUGGGCGGCCCUCAGGAGACCCUCUUUGGCAACUACAUCGUGCAGAAGGGGCUGUCGGUGCCGGGGCUGCGGGAUGAGCUCCUGGCACAAGCUGCCAACCAGGUCUGGAGGAACACCAACGUCAACAAUGAGGAGCGGGGCUGGCUGCUGCUGGCCACCUGCCUCAGCGCCUUCCCCCCGUCCGCUGCCUUCGACAAGUACCUGCUCAAGUUUGUGUCUGACUACGCCUUCGCUGGCUACAAGCCGGUGUGCCAGCGCAAGCUGAUGCACGCCAUGGCCCGCUCCCAGCUGGGCGCCGCGGCCGCCCGCACCUUCCCCCCCUCGCUGCUGGAGUGGACGGCGAACCGGCGGCAGGCCAGCAUGGCCCUCGACCUGCACUGCUUCAACGGUGACCAAUUCUCCUGCCCCAUCCACUCCUGGAGCACAGGCGAGGACCUGGCAGGGGAUGUCCUGAAGCACAGAGGGCUGGCGGAGGGCUGGCGUGGCUGGUCCGUGGCGAUGAAGGCGGGUGCCCAGUGGGCUGAGCUGGCUGGACACGACUAUGUCCUGGACCUUGUCUCCGACCUCGAGCUGCUGCGGGGCUUCCCCAGGCAGAAAUCCUGCUUCCUCAUCGCAUGGGAUGGGAGCGAGAGCCACAGCAGGGACAGCCGGCCGGUGCUGGGACACGGAUUUGAUUUGGAUGAAGUGCCUCCUCCCCCAGCUGUGAAAGCCCCCACACUGCCCUCCAUAGAGACGUAUCACCCCCAUGAUGGGGAAUUGGGGGAGCCACGCAGCCAGAAGGGUCUGGACCGGUACCUGGACAGUCUCUUUGACCCCGUGCUCUCCUACGGCAAUGGGGAGCUGGAGAAGCCAUCCAUCCUCUCGCAGAGGCUGAAGGGAGGAGGUGGCGUGGGAGGGGGGAACAGUGGCACUGAUGCCAACCGGAGCGAACCUCCCGUAGCUGCAGAGAUGCGUCAGCCGAGGGCAGCCGUGGGCCAGCGGUGGUCGGGAGAGCCAGUGCAGCAUUCCCGGCUCAACUCGGAGCACUUCCCGCGGCCCACGCACGACAUCCGCAACAUCAUCCGGCAGUGCCAGCCAGCCCCACGCAGCUCCCAGCCCCACAGCAAGCUCUUUGGGAAGAAGCUGGACCCCCACGAGGAAGCCCUGCAGAUCCUGAAGGAGCAGCUCUCAGCAGCCCGGGUGCCAUCAGCUGUGGGGCCCAAGGAGGUGGUGGCUGCGGUGAAGCCGGUGCCAAGUGCCAGGUACCAGCUGCGAGCACCCACAGGGCGUCCUGCAGCCACAAGACCCCCAGUUUUUGUCUCACGGGAGCUCCCGUCCGAGGCGCAGCAGGUCCAGACCCAGCUGCACCGCAGCUGCAGCGAGGACUUCUACACCUACCACAACGUGCCCUGGAAAAUAUUCAUCCGGAAGGAGGUUUUCUACCCCAAGGACAGCAUCAAUAACCCACUGCUGCUCGACCUCAUCUUCCGGCAGAUCUUCAAUGAUGUGCUGUCUGACACCUGCAUCCGGAUCAGCCAGGAGGAGCGGCUCCGCCUCAAAUCCCUCUUUGCGGAAAACAAGCUGGACUCCUUCAGCCCCGUGGCCACCGAGGAUGUCAAGAGGGAGAUCAUUGCUGCAGCCCGGGAUGGCUGUGAGGUGUACUUCUCCCGCCUCUUCCCUGCCACGGGCAGCGUGGGGACGGGUGUGCAGAUCCUGGCCGUGUCCCACACUGGCAUCAAGCUGCUGCGGGUGGUCAAGGGCACCAACGUCCCCGGGGAGCAGCUGCGGGUGCUGCGGGCCUACAGCUACCCCGACGUGCUCUUCGUGACCACUCCAUCCAGGAACAUGCUGGAGUUCAACCUGCGCAGCGAGAAGCUCAUCCUCUUCUCCCCCAAAGCCCCCCAGGUCAAGGUCAUGGUUGACCACUUCAUCACAGAGCUCAGGAAGGAUUCCCAGUAUGUGGUGGCUGUGAGGAACUACAGCCCGGAGGACAGGGGUCAGCUCAGCUUCCACAAAGGGGACAUCAUCCACCUGCACUCACUGGAGCACCCUGAGAGAGACUACUACUAUGGCUGCGUGGUCCGCAAGAAGGUGAUGUACCUGGAGGAGCUGAAGACAGGCACCCAGGAUUUUGGGUGGAAGUUUGGGGCCAUCCAUGGCAGGUCAGGGCUCUUCCCUGCCGAGUACGUCCAGCCCGUCGCGGCACCCGACUUCGUCCAUUUGCCUGCGGAGAGGAAAGAGGAGCCCAGGGACAAGCAGGGCAAGGUGGCGGCUUCAGCGGCUGUGGCUGUGGCCGUGGCCUCCACUGCUGCUGCCCAGGAACUGGACAGGAAAACCGAGGUGUCCCCAGCCGGUGCCACCUUUGCGGAGGGUCCGGAGGGAGACGGUGUCGAGCAGCUCAGGGAUGUCACCGGGGCCUGUCCCAUGCUGGCCUUUGCCCAGCGGCAUUUCCGUGCGGCACGACGUGGGACCACGGAUACCCGUGGGAUGAAGAUGCCAAGCGUGCUAGAGAUGCUGACGUUCACCAAGAUUCCUAUUCAGGAGUCACUCAUUGAAUUUGUGGAUGGUGGCCUCAACAAACUGGCUGCUGAGGCUUUCCAAGCCGUGAUGAAGUUCAUGGGUGACCACCCCCUGCGGGGGCAGACAGAGCUGGAUGCUGUCUGCACCAUCCUCAAGCUGUGUGCGGAGCACGAGGUGCUGCGGGAUGAGGUGUACUGCCAGAUCAUCAAACAGAUCACCAACAACACCAGCUCCAAGCCGGACAGCUGCCAGAGGGGCUGGAGGCUGCUUUACAUCCUCGCUGCCUACUACAAGUGCUCUGAGGUGCUCCGGCCCUUCCUUCUGGCCUUCCUGCAGGAUGCCAGCAGGCACCCGGAGCUGCCUUUCCACGGCAUCGCCAAAGCCUGCGAGCAGAACCUGAGGAAAACCCAGCAGUUCGGUGGCCGCAGCCUCUUCCCCAGCAGCAUGGAGCUCAAGGCCAUGGUGGCCGGACGCAGCGCCAAGCGCCAGCUCUUCCUCCUGCCCGGUGGCAUCGAGAGGCACCUCAAGAUCAAGACGUGCUCGGUGGCUCUGGAUGUCAUCGAGGAGCUGUGCUGUGAGAUGGGGCUGCAGAAUCCAGAGGCUUUGGAGGAAUACAUCCUCUUCGUGGUGACCGACAGAGGGCAGAGCGUGCGGCCACUGACCCGCCGGGAAUACGUCCUGGACGUGGCUGCCGAGACGGAGCUCCGGGACACCAGCUACACCUUCUGGUGCCGCCGUGUGGUUUGGAGCCAGCCCCUCAAGUUCGACAACGAGCUCUUCGUCACUGUCCACUACAACCAGGUGCUCCCUGACUACCUCAAGGGGCUGUUCACCGUCCUGCCGCCGGCGAGGCCGGGAGAGCAGCACUUCCCGCACGUGGCCAAGCUGGCCGCCCUCCAGCACCGAGCCAAGGACCGCCACCACCUCCCCACCGCGCGGGAGAUGCAGGACUACGUCCCUCCGCAGCUCUUCCGCCUGCUGAAGCCGCAGUCCUGGCUGCAGAUGGUGACCCAGCACGUGCAGCAAGCCCAGGCACUCAGCGCCCACCAGGCCAGGGCACAGUUCCUGGGGCUGCUGAGCGCCUACCCCAUGUUCGGCUCGUCCUUCUUCUACAUCCAGAGCUGCAGUAACAACGCCAUCGUUUCGCCCUGUAUCCUGGCCGUCAACCAGAAUGGCCUCAACUUCCUCAGCAAGGAGACCCACGAACUCAUCGCCAAGUUCUCUCUGAAUGAGAUCCAGUCCACGCGGACACAGCGGCCGACAGCUGGAUCCAGCUAUCCCUACGUGGAGAUCACCCUGGGAGACCUCCUGGCCCAGGGCAUCACCCAGCUCCAGCUGGAGCAGGGCCUGGAGCUGUGCCGCGUGGUGGCCGCGCACAUGGAGAGGCUGCUGGGUGCCCGGGAGAAGAGGCUGACGCUGCCGCCCAGCGAGAUCACCCUGCUCUGA